GAGCGAUUUGUCUGAUUUCCGAGUGUUUAUGAAUGCAUCUUUUCCACGUUUCUACAGGAAGUGACGUCACUCGUUGUUUCGGGUUUCUCGUGUGUUAGCAGCUCCCAGAGCCAUCAAAGAUGACAACAGCUGCAAGACCUACAUUUGAGCCAGCGAGAGGAGGGAGGGGUAAAGGAGAAGGUGGAGGUGAUUUGAGUGCACUCUCCAAGCAGUAUUCCAGUCGAGAUCUUCCAGGUCACACCAAGAUCAAGUACAGGCAACUUACCCAGGAUGCCCCAGAGGAGGUUCGUGCCCGUGACUUCCGCAGGGAGCUGGAGGAGAGGGAGCGUGUAGUUGCACGUGAAAAGACCAGAGAAAGGGGACCAAGAGAGCACACCACAUCAUCAUCAUCUUCGUCAUCUUCAAAGAGACCCAGACUGGAUCAGAUCCCAGCCGCCAACCUUGAUGCUGACGACCCUCUCACCGAUGACGAUGAGGACGAGGACUCUGAGGAGGACAGUGAUGACGAUGACACUGCAGCUCUUCUGGCAGAACUGGAGAAGAUCAAGAAGGAGCGGGCCGAAGAGCAAGAACGCAAAGAGCGGGAGCAAAAGGCAGAGGAGGAGAGGAUUCGUAUGGAGAAUAUCUUGAGUGGCAAUCCAUUGAUCAAUUUGGCAGGGCAGCAGCAACAACAGCAGCAGCAGCAGCAGCAACAGCAGCAGCAGAUAACCCAGACUCAGAAUACAUUCAGAGUCAAGAGAAGGUGGGAUGAUGAUGUUGUGUUCAAGAAUUGCGCCAAAGGAGUUGACGAAGCACGGAAGGAGAAACGCUUUAUCAAUGACACACUGCGCUCUGAGUUCCACAAGAAAUUUAUGGAGAAAUAUGUAAAGUAAAGGACUUGGUGUUUUUUGUUUUGUUUAAAUCUUUUCUUUGGUCUCUGUUCUCCAGUUGCCCUCUAUCCUAAGAAUGGUAGAUGGCAUUGAAAUACAUUCUGUAUUCAAAUGCAUUAGUAUUUGUACAGCCAACACGUAACCUGUUGUAUAUAAAUGAGUUGGCGAGGUACAUCCUUUGAAUAAAGCUCAUGAAAAGUAGAAAUUGUUAAAUGUCUUUCUGUAAGUUUUAAAAAAAAAAAAAAAUAUUAAUUUCAAUAAAGACUUUAAGACUGUG